GACUAAGCACUUUCAGUUUCCCAUUACUCUAAACUCUUGCUGUUCUUGUAAUGAUUUGUUCAUACAAGAAAAUCCAGGAAGCAUCUGGGAGGAGAUAAAAGAGAACUGGGUAGCCAUUCCAUCCAGACUGCGGGCAAAGCUCAGGUAAGAACACUGCCUCCUCUGCUUACAGGGCUCUCUAUCCAUUUCUGAAGGAGCUCUAUCAGGAAAAUUAUGAUUUUAUGGUUGGGGCAGAAGUGAGAAAGAUUUAUAAAGGCCAGUUCAUCUUCUUGAAAACUACCGAGACCACAGGCUGCUGCUGAAACCGGGCAGGACGCAAAGACAACUGACAACCCUCAACAUGGAUUCCGAGAUCCAAAUGCCAGCCCCCGUGUGCCUCAUCGAGAAUGUAAAAGGAAAACUGCUGGCUAAUCAGGAAGCUCUGGACAUCCUGUCGACCAUCCCACAGCCUGUGGUGGUGGUGGCUAUCGUGGGCCUCUACCGCACAGGCAAAUCCUACCUGAUGAACAAGCUGGCUGGGAAGAAAAAGGGCUUCUCUCUGGGUGCCACAGUGCAGUCUCACACCAAAGGAAUCUGGAUGUGGUGUGUGCCUCAUCCCAUAAAGCCAAAGCACACUCUAGUUCUGCUUGACACAGAGGGCCUGGGAGACGUUGAGAAAGUAAGGACUGAGGAUUCAACAACCUGUGUUAAAGAAUUGCAGCUGGAAAGAAAAUGUUUGCAAAUCCCUUUCUUUAACCUUUCUAUAGGUAACGGUUACAAAGAAAAAAAUUUUAACCUGCCCCGGCUCUGUAUCCGCAAGUUCUUCCCCAAGAAGAAAUGCUUUAUUUUCGAUAGGCCAGCUCACCGAAAGAAGCUUGGCAAACUUGAGACAUUACAUGAUGAUGAACUGGACUCUGAAUUUGUGAAACAAGUGGCAGAAUUCUGCUCCUAUAUUUUCAACAAUUCUAAGACAAAAACGAUUUCAGGAGGCAUCAAGGUCAAUGGCCCUCGUCUCCAGAACUUGGUGCUAACCUAUAUCAAUGCCAUUAGCUGUGGGGAUCUACCAUGCAUGGAGAACGCAGUUCUGGCCUUAGCCCAAAUAGAGAACUCGGCUGCAGUGCAAAAGGCCAUUGCUUACUAUGUCCAGCAGAUGAACCAAAGGGUGCAGCUUCCCACAAAUACCCUCCAGGAGCUGCUGGAUCUACACAGGGCCUGUGAGAAAGAGUCCAUCGAACUCUUCAUCAAAACCUCCUUCAAAGAUAUUGACCAACAAUUUCAAAAGGAAUUAGCGGCCCAGCUAGAAAGAAAUCGAGAUGAGUUCUGUACAAAGAACAUUAAAGCAUCUGCAGAUUGUUGCUCAGCUUUAAUUCAGGAAAUUUUCACCCCUCUAGAAGAAGAAGUGAAACAGGGGAUUUAUUCUAAACCUGGAGGUUAUCGUUUCUUUACUCAGAAGUUACAGGAACUGAAGAAAAAGUACCAAAUGGAACCUGGGAAGGGAAUUCAGGCUGAAGAGAUUCUGCAGCAGUACUUGGAGUCUAAACAAGAUGUGGCUGAUGCACUCCUACAGACAGACCAGACUCUCUCCGAAAAGGAAAAGGAGAUUGAAGUGGAACGUGUGAAAGCUGAAGCUGCACAAGCUUCGACAAAAAUGUUGGAGGAAAUGCAAAAGAAAAAUCAGCAGAUGAUGGAACAGAAAGAGAAGAGUUAUCAAGAGCAUGUGAAACAGUUGACUGAGAAGAUGGAGAAGGAAAGGAAAGAGUUGAUGGCAGAGCAAGAGAGGACCAUUGCUCUUAAACUUCAGGAACAGGCCCGACUACUAAAAGAGGGAUUUCAAUCAGAGAGCAGACAGCUUCAUAAUGAGAUACAAAAUCUCCAGAAGAGGGUGUCAGAAUCAAGGAGUAAAUGUGUCAUAUGUUGAAGACCUAAAGAAUAAAGUUUAUUUUUUUAAAUCAUCUUUACUCAAGACAUAGCUGAAGCAAGUUUAGAAUUUGGAACAUAUGUCAGUUCACUUAGUAAUACAUCGGUCUUGUACCAUAAUACCAAAACAUUCAGAACAAUAUCUGAAAGCAUGUUGAUCUUCUUUAAAAGAUUGUAAAUUGUGCAUGAAUGCAUUUAACCUCUGUGCCAAUACAAGGGAUAACACUGAGAUCAUUUAGGAGAAAUGUAAGCCUCCAAAGGACCACCAGCAGACAGACCUUGAACAAAGUCUUAAGUAAAAAUCUUAGCACAUAGGCACCAGUUUAACUGAAUCAAUGGGUCCAAAAAUUGAGGGAAGCCAUCCUAGUUCUUACUGAAGACAUACAGUUCUCUGUUACAAAAAAAGUGUUCCCUCUAUUAGAAAAUGUGAUUUCUAAACACAGGAUGGGUUUCCAUACUAAAGUAAACAACAUUAUAUAGAAAUAUGGAAUGACUAUAUAGUCUCCACAAAAAAGAUGGGG